AUGCUUUUUCUACUCCUCCUAUCACUUGUGUUUCUAGCUGAAGCUGCUAACAACAGGUACAACUUGAGAGGAUGCUACCGUAAGAGUGGGCGCGUCUACGAGCACAGAAACGUCAAUGGAGUCAACUAUGCUUCGGUGGACAGAAACCAGCACAUCCCACAAUAUUGUGGGUCGUGCUGGGCUUUCGGAGCUACGUCCGCUCUAGCAGAUCGUAUCAAUAUAAAACGUAAAAAUAAAUGGCCUUCUGCUUAUCUCUCAGUUCAGGAAGUGAUCGACUGUUCCGGUGCUGGCACAUGUGUGGCAGGGGGAGAGCCAGGAGGAGUUUAUCAAUAUGCUUACGAACACGGUAUUCCACACGAAACAUGCAACAAUUAUCAAGCGAGAGAUGGAAAAUGCGAUCCUUACAAUCGAUGUGGAUCUUGUUGGCCAGGAGACUGCUUCUCUAUUUCCAACUACACCCUUUACAAAGUUAAAGAGUAUGGGACAGUAAAGGGCAUUGAUAAGAUGAAAGCAGAGAUCUACCAUCAUGGUCCCAUCGCUUGUGGAAUCGCUGCAACCAAAGCCUUUGAAAAUUACGCUGGAGGCAUUUACAAAGAAAUCACCGACGACGAUAUAGACCACAUAAUUUCGGUCCAUGGGUGGGGUGUCGAUCACGACAGUGGAGUUGAAUACUGGAUAGGAAGGAAUUCAUGGGGCACCCCUUGGGGAGAGCAGGGAUGGUUCCGUGUUGUUACCUCUGCGUACAAAGACGCAGGUAGCAAGUUCAACCUCAAGAUCGAGGAGGACUGUGUGUGGGCGGACCCGAUUGUGUGA